GAUUCAACGAAAACAAUUUUUCACAAAUUUCAGCUGACAGCAGGUGCUGGCUUUUAGUAGAUUAAUUUUAUAAAACCAAAAUGAGAAUUAUUCCGCUUCAUACGACCAACACGGCGAUCGUGUACAAGAAUUCGGUGUGCUCCUUUGCCUCUCUUUUGGUCCUGGUUCUUAUUGUACUUUCCGUAAUGGUGCCCGUCCUUCUGGUGUCACUCCUGAGCCCCUACUCGGGUAUAUCUGAGUCCCGAGUUUUAUACGAGCAGCCGAACCUAGAGUUUACCAACCAGUACAUUUUUGUGGGUACAACUGAAGCAGAAGAAUUCGAGGACGAGGAAUCCCUAGUCGCCUGCAGCAGUUUCAGCAAUUUCAACGACCAAAUGGAAACUUUUACCAAUAGCUGCACUACCACUAAGUAUUGGACCGAAGAUAUGGACUACGAUGGCCUGACAGAUCGGGCGCAUUUUCAAAUAGAACUCCAGGAUGUGCCAACCCGAUUGCUUCGCUUUGAUUUGCUGCUCUUCUUCAAAGCCAAACUGAAACACAAGUGUGUUCUUCAGCCUCCUUCCAUGCUGGCCCAUCAACUUCAAAUGACCACUCGCUUCAAAAACGGGGAGAUUAAGCUGAAAGGAGAUCUAAGUCUUAAGCAAUAUGUGGACUUCACCUGCCCAUUUCCGGGCCGCAACCUCAAGACUCAGUUUCGGGAAAUUGAGGUGGACAGAAAUGCCACCACAGAACAGUUCAAAAUGGAAUCCCUGCUAGCCCAAGCCAAGGCCAAUCCGGCUUACUUCCAGCUCGCCGUUCAGGAGACAUAUUACAAUACGUCAUCUAGUUUUGAGCCAGGGCUCAUCAUUGAUCUAGAAUUCGACGUGCUCCAAGUGCCAGCCCGCUAUCAUCUUAGCAUUUGGGAACGUCUUGGCCAAUUUUGGCUGUACUUCGCCUCCUUCUUCGGGAUCUCGUUUUACAUCGUGAACAAGCUGAAGGACUAUCUCUUCGGACGCCACAUUGUUCGAUCCUGGGAAAUCAUACCCUGGAAGAAGCUAUACUGACACAAGCGCCGUUUUGGAGAUGGACAACUUUUCGACUGGCGAGUGAGUUGGGCUGGCUGCUUUCGGUUUCCCAAGGCUUAUUCAUUGUCAGUCAAAUAAUAAAUAUAACAAUUGUACAGAAAAUUUAA